UCUGCUAAGAGAUUUUGAAUUUUGUUAGAUAGUAAUUUCCACAUGAUGGAGGGCAAUACAGUGACAGAAUCAUGGUUUAGUAACUUGUGGAGAAUUUCGCCAAAGAGCGUAGUUUCAGAAACUGAAAACUCUAUGAUUGGAAUUUUGGCAUUUGAAGUUGCAAGUUUGAUGUCGAAGCUGGUUAAUUUGUGGCAGUUUCUAAGUAAUAAGCAGAUUGUUAGGUUGAAGAAAGAGAUAGUCAACUCGCUUGGCAUUAAAAAGCUUGUAUCAGAUGAUGCCAAUUAUCUAAUGGAUCUUGUCCUAGCAGAGAUAAUUCAGAAUUUGGGAUAUGUGGCAAAAGCGGUUGCAAGGCUUGGGAAGAGGUGCAAAGCCCCUGUAUAUCACCGUCUUGGACAUAUUUUUGAUGUCCCAAUCACCAAUAAUCUUAAAUGGUGUCAGUGGGAAUACAAUUUGAAGAAGUUUGAGAGGAAAGUUAAGAAAAUGGGAAGAUUUGUUUCAGUUACGGCACAGUUGUAUCAAGAGGUGGAAUUGUUGGCUGAGCUUGAAAAGAGUCUCAGGAGAAUGCGAGUACAAAGUAGCGUUGAUUCAAGUGGGGUGAAAUUGUUUGAGUUUCAGCAGAAGAUUACCAGGCAGCGAAAGGAAGUGAAAAGAUUGCGUGAGAUGUCUCCGUGGGUUAGGACAUAUGAUUACAGUGUCCGGCUUUUAUUAAGAUCUGUUUUCACUAUAGUCGGGAGGAUCAAUCAUGUGUUUGGGGUUAAACGAUUGGCAUCUGUCGAAGCAUACAGUAAUUCCGCACAUAUCAAUUCUGAAUGUUUACUUCGCAGCUAUUCCGUUUCUGCUCGUAUGCAUACUAUAGUUCAUCCAUUUGAAAAUAUGCCGCCUAGGUUCGAUUCCAGAUCUAUAGGGAGCUCAAUUUCAAAUUGGGAGCUGAGUGGUAAUGAGAUUAGAUCAAAGAACAAGCCCCCUUUAUCGAAAACCAGAGUACCUUUUAAAGGAUGCUUGAUGGCUGGAAACGAGUCUCCUCUUCCGCACAGCUGUAUGCAGAUGAGGUGUGGAUCUCAGAGAUCAACUUAUGCUUUCUCAAACAGCAUUGACAAAACUAAAGAUCGCUACGCAGUCCCUUUAUCUCGCAGCAACCUAAUUCAUACUAAAUUAACACUUUUCAUUUCCAAUCGCAAUUUACUGAAUGCCCCUCCAUCCACCCUUGGUGCCGCUGCUUUAGCUCUCCACUACGCAAAUGUUAUCAUUUUGAUUGAGAAGAUAACUUCAUCGCAUCACUCGGUUUUCCUUGAUGCAAGAGAUGACCUGUAUGAUAUGUUACCCACAAAUAUCAAGAUCUCUCUGAUGGCAAAGCUGAAGUUGUUUGCCAAAACUUCAGCAUCAUCUGUCUACGAUGCUGCUCUUGCAGCAGAGAUGAGUUCGACGUUAGCAAGAAUAUUAGAAUGGCUGGCUCCGCUUGCUCAUAACAUGAUAAGAUGGCAUUCUGAGCGGAAUUUUGAGCAGCAGCGUAUAGUUCCCGGAACAAAUGUGCUUCUGGUCCAGACCCUACACUUUGCAAAUGAAGUAAAGACAGAGGAUGCAAUCAUAGAACUACUUAUGAGUCUGAGUUACAUGUCGAGGUUUGGAAAAUAAAUUGACAAAAAGACUUUCAAAGAACCUGCCGGUAGAAGAGCUUGUGAUGGAUAUUUGCUCUAACUGGAUAGCAAUGUUUACAGCGUGCUACCCUAUCAGAAGAGAUUUGACACUACCCGACAACUGACUGAGAUCGUGAAGAGCUCUGUUACUGGUUGAUCAAUAGGGCAGCAUAGUUUUCGCUCUUCGAAUUCUUUGUUAGUGAGAAGUCAUUCUGCCAUUAGUUACACUGUGUUUGAUUGAGAGAUUUAUGGAGAGAUUUGAAAGAGGAAAGGGAAAGGGAAAAUGUGUGUGAAACUAGAUGAAAUAUAAGUAUAUUUUAUUCACAUUUUAUCUAUCUUUUUCCUUUCCCUUUCUCUUUCCUAAUUCCUUUCCAAAUUACGGUACUGUUUUAAGCACUCAAACAGAUACUAUUUCUUCUUUUGGUGUAAUCUUCGGUUGAGUUUAGUUGAGAUCCACAAAUUUUGUUUGUAUAAUUAAUAAAUGGAGAUCUCACAGCCACUUCCUUGUAAAAUAUAAUUGUACCAUUAAGAUUUCUAUGG